CCAGACACACUCGCAGUCAGACGGGUCUUGGAUGCUGAGCAGGAUCAGAGCUCAGCAGGAGAGCCGCUGCAGCUCCGCCCGCCGCGCCUUGCCCCCUUUUCCUGCUCCGAUCAUCAAACCCACCUCAGUUUUUUUUUUUAUCCCCGAACCGCAUCUUCUGCAGAAACCAGUCUGUUUCCUCUUCUCGCCUGAGGGAUCGGACCGCAGACAGGUAGAAAAGGCCCGCUGGCUCCCGGCAACAGGUCGAGAAGCAGCUGAAAUAUUAAUAUUAAUUAUAAUAAAGUGGAUGUGGAUCCAGCGGACUGAGACCAGCAGACCAGAGGAGGAAGAGGAGGAGGAGGAGGACGGGGUGAUGGUUUGAGCUGCAGUCUGGAUGCGACAGAGAAGAAACCUGCCAACAUGAUGCCGAUGUUCCUCACCGUGUACCUCAGCAACAACGAGCAGCACUUCAGCGAGGUUCCCAUCACGCCGGAGACGCUGUGCAGAGAUGUUGUGGAGCUCUGCAAGGAGCCCGGCGAGGGCGACUGCUACCUGUCCGAGACGUGGAGAGGCUCAGAUCGUGUCGUUGGAGAAGGGGAGCCGAUGUUGGAGGUGUUGCAGCGAUGGGGGCAGCAGAGGGGGGAGGUUCAGUACCUCCUGCGUCACCAGAGAGCACCAGGACAAGAGUCAGGUGUAUCCAGAGCUGCAGAUCAGAUGAUGAAGAGGGACCAGGUGAAAGCUUCUGUGGAGAGAUCUGUGGAGAAUGGGGUCUCAGCUGCUCGUCUGGACGUGACGCUGAGCGACUUGCAGGAUCUGGCAGCCCGACAGCAGCAGCAGAUCAAUGCCCAGCAGCAGCUGUUGGCCUCCAAGGAACAACAGCUGCGAUACCUGAAGCUACAGGAUCAGCGGCAGCAGCAGCAGGAGGUGUCUGAGCAGGAGCGACUGCAGCAGCUCAGAGAGAACGCGCACAACCAGGAGGCUAAACUGCGUCGGGUCCGGGCCCUCAGGGGCCAGGUGGAGCAGAAACGCCUCAGCAACAGCAAACUAGUGGAGGAGAUUGAGCAGAUGACCGGCCUGUUCCAGCAGAAGCAGAGGGAGCUGCUGGUCGCUGUGUCGAGGGUGGAGGAGCUGAGCGACCAGCUGGAGGCGCUGAGGAGCAGCAGGCUGGAGCCUCCUCCUCCUCCUCAUCACCACAACUCCUCCUCUUCCUCCUCCUCCACAGCAGAGCUGGAGCGCCUCUACAAAGAGCUGCAGCUGAGGAACAAGCUGAACCAGGAUCAGAGCGGCAGGCUGCAGCAGCAGAGAGACAGCCUGAACAAGAGGAACCUAGAGGUGGCGGCGAUGGACCGACGGCUGGCCGAGCUUCGGCAGCGGCUCUGGAAGAAGAAGGCGGCCCUGCAGCAGAAGGAGAACCUGCCAGUGGCUUCAGACAGCAUGGCCCCUCACCAUGGCGUGGGCUCCAGAGUGGCGGCAGUGGGGCCGUACAUCCAGUCAUCUUCCACAACAUGCUCUCAAGGGCCUCAGGUGCCGGCCCGCCAGGAUGUUCUGGUGAAGCCGGCGUACCCGGAUGGCACUGCCACCCUGCCCAUGCCCGACUCGUCCCUGAAGCCACCUCCCAGACCGGCCAAACCAGCCUCAGGUUUCACCAAAAUAACCAAACUCUCUGACUGGAGCAGCUCAUUUUCUGAAUCCAGUAGAGGUAACGGACACGCCUCUACCCUGCCUCGCAUGUCCGGCCUCAGCUGCCACAACUCAGGUGGUAAGACCCUCACGGACCAGAAGAGCCUCUCUGGGUCUGACAUCCCGCCCACUGUACCCUCACGGACCAAUCACAUCACUGACAACCUGCUCAGGGACAAUCAGGUCUCAGUUAAAGGUCAGUCCAAGAUGGCGGCGCCACCUCCAGUUCCCAGUAAGCCCAAACCGAUCUCCACUGGCCCACCAACUUUCUCCAAGCCCCUCUACAGCACUGGGACCUUUCCUGGCAAGGUGCGGCCAGUCGGGGCCCACCUCAGGGCUCUGGGAGUCCUCUCCAGCCACAGCCACACCCUCCCUCUGCCCAACAAGCAGGAGAGUCCGCCAGCCGCCGCCGUACGACCAUACACCCCCGACCUCUCAGAGCCCCCGCCCCCUGUGCUGCAGAAGCCUCAGACUCUGGCGGCUUCGUCCAUCUACUCCAUGUACACCCAGCAUGCCACGCCAGGGAAGGGCUACCAGCCGAGCGGGCAGGGAACGCUGCCUCGCAGCCAGCCCAGAGUGUAUGGCAAACCAGUUCUCCCAGCUAGCGGGGGGCAGCAGUCUAUCGGCUCAGAUGGCCCAAUCAUGAAUUCUGGAUCUUGCGUGGUGGGCGGGAGUGAGGUUGACAGCGGUUGCCUGGGUAACGGCGAAGGUUUCGGAGCAGAGACGGCGGAACGAGCCACCCCGCGACCACUCAGCCCCACCAAGCUCCUCCCCUUCCUGUCCAACCCCCACAGGAACCCCAGUGACGCCGACCUGGAGGCCCUGCGCCGCCGGCUGCACCACGCUCCCCGGCCCCUGAAGAAACGCAACUCCAUCACGGAGCCGGAAGGACCUGCUGGACCAAACAUCCAGAAGCUGCUGUAUCAGAAAACCACUCUGGCUGCGAUGGAGACCAUCCCCAUGGAGACAGGUGGUCCUCGUGGCGUUCACGAGGACAGGAUGGGCGGUGCAGAUGUAGCGUCCAGAGUCGAGGACAACACCAGAGCGGGCUUCAACCAGCCGCUCGCUGAGAGCCCAGAGGACAGCCUGACUCCGCCCCCUCUGCCCCCACGCUCACCCAUCGCAGACCCCACCUCCUGUCGCUUACUGCCCCCCCCUUUGGAGGACAAAGAGGAGGAAGAGGAGGAGGAAGAGGUGCGUCCGUCCGCCUCGUCCCUCCAGGACUACUUUGCAGACGAGUUCCCGCCCUACCCGCCCCCACCUUACCCUACCUGUGGUGACGGGGAGCAAGGAGAUGAUGCCCCCAACCUGCAGCCGCCAGAGGUCACAGGACAGGUCACAGCGCCCCCGGGUAAGAGGUCGAUCCUUCGUAAAGCUGGCUUGGAGCGGAUUGACCGCAGCAUGCGGGUCAAGUUUAACCCUCUGGCUCUGCUGCUGGACUCGUCACUGGAGGGCGAGUACGACCUCGUCCAGAGGGUCAUCUAUGAUGUGGACGACCCCAGCAUGCCGAACGAUGAGGGCAUCACGGCGCUGCACAACGCCGUCUGCGCAGGCCACACUGAGAUCGUAAAGUUUCUGGUUCAGUUCGGUGUCAACGCCAACGCUGCUGACAGCGAUGGCUGGACUCCCCUCCACUGUGCUGCCUCCUGUAACAACGUUCAGGUCUGUAAGUUCCUGGUGGAGUCGGGAGCGGCGGUGUUCGCCACCACAUACAGCGAUAUGCAGACAGCUGCCGACAAAUGUGAGGAGAUGGAGGAAGGCUACGCCCAGUGCUCCCAGUUCCUCUACGGUGUUCAGGAGAAGAUGGGCGUGAUGAACCGUGGCGUGGUUUACGCCCUGUGGGACUAUGAGCCUCAGAGCGAUGACGAGCUCGGCUUCAGCGAGGGCGACUGCAUGACGGUGCUGAGACGGGAGGACGAGGUGGAGACAGAGUGGUGGUGGGCAAGAUGUGGUGACCGUGAGGGCUACAUCCCCCGCAACCUGCUGGGG